AUGCUGUCAAAGCUAGCACAGCAGAGGGCGGGCGCCCCAGCAGCAUUUGCUGCUGCUGCCCUGCUGCGAAGAAGAAUAGCGACCGUCUCGUUGCCAGCAACCAGGCCAAUUCUCACAGAGCUCCAGAAGAGCCAAAGCCCGGAACACCCUCGGCACCAGCAACGGCGCUUCCUAACACCGCCUCCGAAGCCUGGAACUGUCCUGCUGGAGAGGCGGCCCGACCGGGAGCUGCCAGCCAUUGAAGGCAACCGCUGGGCCAAAACCCUCCCCUGGUUCCUGCUCGCCAUCGCGGCAGCCUCCGUCGCCAUCUUCAACUACCAAAAGUAUUCGUCGCCCGUGGUGGGAGCGACGCUGUACGCGCUACGCACAAACGAAAAGGCGCGCGCUGUGUUGGGCGACAACAUCUACUUCGACCAGCAGAUCCCGUGGAUCUCGGGCGAGAUGAACCAGGUGCGCGGGCGCAUCGACAUCAGCUUCCGCGUGCGCGGUACUAAGGCCCGUGGCGUCAUGCGCUUCGCCAGUCAGCGGCCAACGCCGCGCGGCUUGUUCGAGACGACGGAAUGGAGUCUGCAGACGGAGGAUGGGCAAGUGAUUGAUUUGUUGGAGGAUGGUGACCCGUUCCGGGCGAUUAUUUCCGGCGGGACAUUCGAUUUGGAUGCGGAUGAGGAGGAGGAGAAGCAGACGACUAGGGGCUUCAGGCAGAGGCCAAAGGUAUGA